AGUAUUGUACCUCUAGAAAUUACAACCCCGUUGAUAUAAGAAGAAAGCGGAGAAGAAAGUGAAAAAAGUUUGACCUCAACUUAAAACACACGCUUGACUGGUGCUACACCAUUGUAAUGGAUUUGGAGAGAGCAAUCCAUUUUCACCUAAAAUCCAGCCUGUACAUACAACAACAAUCAUAAACAACUUAUGCACACACCUAUACAUACAAUACCUGUAUUAUACACACAAUUUUCUCAUCUUCAUCUCAAUCAUCUUCAAUUCGUGCUGUUAUUUUGGUUGAUCUAUGGGGAUUCAAAGCAGAGCUAAAAGUGGAAGUGUAAAUCAAGCAAUGGCGAGCGAUGUGCUGAGUGAGAAAGCGGCGAUGAUGAGAGAAUCGCUGUCGAAGAGUCAAUCAGCCACGGAUAAUAUGGUGUCGAUGCUCGGUUCAUUUGACCACCGCCUUUCUGCUCUCGAAACUGCGAUGCGACCGACUCAGAUAAGAACACAUGCCAUACGCAGAGCUCACGAGAAUAUUGAUAAAACGUUGAAGGCUGCAGAAGUUAUAUUGGCUAAAUUUGAUAUUUCUCGACAGGCAGAGGCAAUGAUAGUUAAAGGUCCACGGGAAGAUGUUGAAAGUUAUCUUGAUGCCAUUGAAAAGCUUAGAGGCAACAUCAAAUUUUUCAGCAACAAUAAAAGCUUUAAGAGUAGUGAUGCAGUGGUAAAUCAUGCAAAUAACUUACUUGUGAAGGCAGUUUCUAAGCUAGAAGAGGAGUUCAAGCAGCUCUUGUCAGUAUACAGCAAACCUGUGGAACCUGAUCGUCUUUUUGAGUGCCUUCCUAAUUCACUGCGACCGUCUGGGUCACCUGGGCACCAUGGCGAUCUUGGCGGUAAAAACCACUCAGAUCAGCAAAACGGUAGCUUAGAAGAUGCUGUAUAUACACCACCAACUCUUAUACCACCAAGGGUUCUUCCAUUAUUGCACAAUUUAGCUGAGCAAAUGGUUCAAGCUGGCCGCCAGCAGCAAGUUCUGAAGAUAUACAGAGAUGCUCGUUCUUCAGUCUUGGAGGAAAGCCUUCGCAAAUUGGGAGUUGAAAAACUUAGCAAAGAUGAUGUACAGAAGAUGCAAUGGGAGGUUUUGGAAGCCAAGAUUGGAAACUGGAUUCAUUUCAUGCGUAUUGCUGUUAAAUUGCUGUUUGCCGGUGAAAGAAAAGUCUGUGAACAAAUGUUUGAAGGUGUUGAUUCUCUUAGGGAUCAGUGUUUUGCUGAAGUUACUGCGGGUAGUGUUGCAGUGCUUCUGAGUUUCGGAGAUGCAAUUGCAAAAAGCAAGAGAUCACCAGAGAAGUUGUUUGUGCUCUUAGACAUGUAUGAAAUAAUGCGAGAACUUCAUUCAGAGAUCGCGACACUUUUCAUAGGUAAAGCUUGUAAUGAAAUUAGAGAAUCUGCACUGGGUCUGACAAAGCGUCUCGCCCAGACUGCACAAGAGACCUUUGGUGAUUUUGAAGAAGCAGUCGAAAAGGAUGCAACAAAAACUGCUGUAGCAGAUGGUACCGUUCAUCCACUAACAAGCUAUGUGAUUAACUACGUGAAGUUUCUUUUUGACUAUCAAUCAACUUUGAAGCAACUUUUCCAAGAGUUUGAAAAUGGCAGCGACUCCAAUUCUCAACUUGCGUCGGUAACUAUGCGAAUAAUGCAGGCUCUUCAAACCAAUUUAGACGGAAAGUCCAAGCAAUAUAAAGACAUGUCUCUCACACAUUUGUUUCUAAUGAAUAACAUUCAUUACAUGGUUAGAUCUGUCCGGAGAUCUGAAGCAAAGGAUUUGCUGGGAGACGAUUGGGUUCAGAGACACCGGAGAAUUGUGCAGCAACAUGCAAAUCAGUAUAAAAGGGUUGCUUGGGCUAAGAUCCUGCAGUGCCUCUCAAUUCAAGGUCUAACAUCAUCUGGCGGUAGUAGUAAUUCAGUAAGCAUAGAUGGAGGAAACAGUAGUGGUGUUUCGAGAGCACUCGUAAAAGACAGGCUAAAAACAUUUAAUGCACAAUUUGAGGAACUUCAUCAAAGACAAUCUCAGUGGACAGUUCCUGACACAGAGUUGCGAGAGUCUUUGAGGCUUGCAGUUGCGGAAGUAUUAUUGCCGGCAUACAGAUCUUUCAUCAAACGCUUUGGGCCUCUUGUAGAGAAUGGGAAAAAUCCUCAGAAGAACAUCAGAUACACACCCGAGGAUCUUGACCGAAUGCUUGGAGAAUUCUUCGAGGGUAAAACUUUGAACGAACCCAGGCGUUAAACUUUCCUACAUUGGUAACAAUGUGAACUCGAGGAAUAUGAAGGAAGCACUCUUAGAAAAAGCUGGUAGUUUGUUUGGCCUCUAUUUCCCAGCUUUUCCAUCUUCACAAAUUUUCUGUUCUGUAUAUGUCUUUGCUGUAGUGUAGCUAGUGAUGAAAAGAAUAGGGCACUUGUGUAUCUAAUUCUGCAUUUGUUGGUUUCUGAGAUGUAAAAUAAAACAAGAGCAUGUUUAGGCUCUGUCUGCGUUUACACAUUGUCACUACUUUUUCCCUCUUGUUGUUUCAUUAUUAAUUUUCUUUGGUUGCUA